AUCGUCGAGAAAUGACGGAUUCAGUUGGGCCAUCGGUGGACAAAAAGAAAGAGGCUGAAAUGUCCGCUGGGAGAAUAUUGAAUGAAAAACAGACUGAUUGGAAGUCAAUGUGGAUUUGUAUAUUUCUUCAAUUUAUUGUUGGAGUUCAAAUUUCUGUAUACUACAUGUCAAUGUGGCCAUACUUGAGCGGGCUUGACAAAACUGCAGAUGUAGAUUUUCUGGGCUGGAUAGUUGCUGCAUGCAGUAUUGGAUGCACAAUUUCAAAUCCAAUUUACGGAUUCUGGAACCAGAAGACAAUGUCUGUGAAAUGGCCAGCUAUAACUGGUUUCCUUAUUGCUGCAGUUGGUCAAGUAUGGUAUGGUCUUUUGACAGUUGCCACAAAUGUCAAAUGGCUAAUGCUCUUCGCCCGUUUCUUCACUGGUCUCGGAGUUGGAAACAUUGCAGCUCUUCGUGUUUAUGCGGCAACUGCAUCCACACCGAAGGAUAGAAUGAGAGCAAUUUCUUUUGGAACAGGAGGAUUCGUGCUUGGAAUUUCAUUUGGGCCUGUUAUUUCGGCAGUAUUCACCCCUCUCGGAGCUUAUGGAAUUUCAAUUGGACCUAUUGUAUUCAAUAUGUUCACUGUUGUUGCAUACCUUAUGGCUUUAAUAUGCUUCUUGUCAUGUGUAGUCAUCUAUUUUCUUUUCGAAGAAAGUUACGCUGGAAUUGUUACGAAAGAAGAGAAAGCGAAUGACGAUUUGGUUGUUCCAAUGUUUGAUAUCCCAAGUGCAAUUAUUUGCAUUUAUCUUUUUAUGAUUGUCAACAUUAUCGCAACCAAUGUGGAAGUAAUGUCAACACCAUUGACCACUGUUUUAUACGAUUGGAAGGAUAGUGAUUCGAUUUUGUAUAAUGGAAUUACAUUGGCCUUGAGUUGUAUUAUUUCAGUAAUCUUCCAUGUGUUAUUGGGUGCAAGUAGAAUUGGAAAAAUUGACAAGAGGAAUCAAAUGUUGAUCGGAAUUUUCGUAUUUCUGUUGUACCAGGCAUUCAUGUAUCCAUGGGGAUUCUACUCGGGACCACUGAACUUCUUGCCUCCAGGUGUUGAAACUACCGAAGUGGGAGGAUGCUUGGUAGAAUAUCAUUGGUGUCAGGAAACUACCAGGGUCCCACUGUCCGUGUAUCUUUUCUGUUUUAUUGUAUUCUUUGGAGUUGCAUUUCCAUUUGUGGAGACACCGUCCGCGGCACUUUAUUCGGAAGUUCUUGGUCCAAGGAAACAAGGCACGAUGCAGGGAUUUUUCUCACUCGGUGGAAGUAUUGCUCCAGUUAUUGCUUCUAUUUCUUCAACAGCGAUCUUCAAAUAUACGGGUUAUCGCUACGUUAUUGUACUUCAAUCAGUAUUUCUUCUCGUUGGAGCGGCACUCAUUUUAAUAUUUUACAAGAGACUUGUCCCAUUGAAAGUUAUUAAAAAGUCAGAAGAUGAGAAGAUUUCCAAUUGAAUGAUAAUUAUAGCGUUUUAAAUUGUUGAUUUUAGUGUUUUCUAAUUUGUUGAAUUUUUGAGUCUUCAAUAUAAUAUAAUGUAAUAAAAUCACAUUUGUUU